GGUUCUUCUGAAUAAGGUUCGAAAAUUGUAUGCAACUCGUUCGCGACGGUGCAACGCGUCGUCGUUCGUCGACGGGAGCCUAGCAGGCUCAAAACACUUCGCGCCAAAUCGAACUUUGGUAUAGUGAUCGGCGGGCGUACGGAAACUCCUCUCCGGGGGCCGCGCAAUAACGAUGUGACUAGUGAUUUUGUGAUUUGUGAUCGCGGUCACAAAUUCGAGCCAAAAUUUUUAUUUUUUUUUGGGUUUUUUUGAUUUUUUUUUUGGUUUCGUAAAUUUUUUUAAGGAACCACCAACGCAUCGUCAUCAUGGCCAUCAACUUUUCGGCUUCGUUUGCAGCUUGCCUGGCUGCCGGACUCAAAGUACCAAGACAGAUUAUGUACUGUAUAUCACAAGAUACAGCGGCACCGUACGUCCUGUACAAAGAUGGAAUGGACAGGGCGCAAACACAAUGGGGACCUCAGGACAUUUAUCCGCCGCCUCAGCAACAGCCGACCCCACAAGGUGCCGCCAGUCCGCCUCAUCAGGCUUUGGGACCGACGCCGGUACCACCUUUGGGGGUCGAGGCUGAUACCGUACCUACGAGGGAUCAAGUCAGUAGUCUGCCGUCCCCCGCUCCGUCACCGUAUCCAGCCACGCAAGCAGAACAAGGCCGCGACGACACGGACCCAAUACAACCGGGCGAACCUUCCACAAUGGACCUGGAACCGAGACCUGCGUCGCAACAGUGCUUUCCAACCGAUCUCCAGCAACAAACUGCGCAGCAACAAGUCGCGCAUCAGCAACAGCAAGCCUAUCAGCAAUAUGCGCGCGCACCUCCACCUGCGGCGCCGCCUCCUGCCGUACCCGGAGUCCCGCCGCACAUGCUCGGCGCCAAUUUUUCGGCGCUGCAAUAUUUGAAACAGCCAGGCAUGAUGCUUACUAGUUUGGGACCUGAUGGAGGCGGCCAAUUAGACCAGUACACUUCCAAUAUGCAAGACCUGCGCAGCGCUUCGUUGCCGGAUGUGAUACAGCAACAGCAAGCCAAUUUGAAAAAAUCGAGCAACGGAUUAAAUGGAGAAUUGAGGCUUUUUAAGUGUUUAACGUGCGGCAAAGAUUUUAAGCAAAAAAGCACUCUACUACAACACGAAAGAAUCCAUACCGACAGUAGACCGUACGGAUGUCCGGAGUGCGGCAAACGUUUCCGGCAACAAAGUCACCUGACGCAGCACCUGCGCAUCCACGCCAACGAGAAACCGUACGCGUGCGUCUAUUGCGAGCGCACCUUCCGGCAACGCGCCAUCCUCAAUCAGCAUUUGCGCAUCCACUCGGGUGAGAAGCCGUACGAAUGUCCGGAAUGCGGGAAACACUUUCGGCAGAAGGCUAUUCUCAACCAGCACGUCCGCACACACCAAGACGUCAGUCCUCAUUUGGUAUUCAAAAACGGCAUAAAUCCAACUCUCUGGCCGCAAGACGUACCUUUCCCACCUGAAGAAGGCAAAGAAGAAGUAGCCUCAACCUACGGAGACGGCGAAAACGGACCAAACGGCGACCGAAUAAACUGUUUCUCCCCAAACGGAGUCGUCGGCAAUCUCCAAUACCCCGCUUACUUCAAAGACGCCAAAGGCACGAACCAUUCGGUUUUCGGUCCGGGCACAAACUUCAACCCUCUCCAGUACCUCAAACCGGGCCAGGCGAGCGGAAAAAACGGUUUGCCCGACGUCAUACAGCACGGCCGGUCAGCCGGGAUGCCGUUGUACGUCCGUUGUCCGAUCUGUCAGAAAGAGUUCAAGCAGAAAAGUACGCUGUUGCAGCACGGCUGUAUACAUAUCGAGAGCAGGCCGUAUCCGUGUCCGGAGUGCGGCAAACGGUUCCGGCAACAAAGUCACUUGACGCAACACUUGAGGAUACACACCAACGAGAAACCGUAUGGAUGCGUUUAUUGCGGGCGCAACUUCCGGCAACGGACCAUUCUGAAUCAGCACUUACGCAUCCAUACGGGUGAGAAGCCUUACAAGUGUGCGCAGUGUGGGAAAGAUUUCAGGCAAAAAGCAAUAUUGGACCAGCACACGAGGACGCACCAAGGCGACCGACCAUUCUGUUGCCCGAUGCCCAAUUGCCGGCGAAGAUUCGCGACCGAACCGGAAGUGAAAAAGCACAUAGACAACCACAUGAACCCGCACGCGGCCAAAACCCGCCGAGACUCGACUAGUUCCGAUGGCAAACUACAUACAAACGGGUUUCCAGGUAUGUUGUCAAGAGGUCUGACGCCUACGGGCGUCGUCAAACCGGAGCUGUACUUCCCCCAAUGUUAUCCGAGUUUCAAUCCGCCGACGAGCGUCGCCCAAUUUCAAGCCGCCGUAAAUCCGGAAUUCAAAGCCGCCAACGGGUUGCCGACCCAGUGACUAACGGCCGGCUGGCAACUGGGACCUCCUUGUAUCGGAUAAAAUUGAGUUGUCAGCCUAUUAUUGUUGAAGAAAUCAAAAAAACGGAAUUCGGCUAAAAUGAUGGUAAAAAAGAUGUUUAUAAAGGACUUUUGUUUUUUGUAUAGCGAUGUAAGUUUUGUAUUUAUUUUUUAUCUGAUAGGAUUUUUUUUAUUGGGGGAGAAAAUGUUACCCCGUAAAAGGUGAAACAAAUGGUGCUGUUAUUUAAACAAAAAAAAAGGUUGGUUUUUUAGGUAUAUACAUUGAGACGUUGUACUCGAAUUUAUUUUUUUUAAGAAAUCAAAUGACGAGGGGCCAUUUUGAGAUUCCAACAAUCAAAAGUCCUAUUGACUAUAGAUUGAUAAUAAUAUAAUGACAAACGUAAAAGACAUUAGAGUGAACAGAAUUAUAUGUCGCUCAACACCUCCAGUUUAUCCCCUCAAAAUACAUUCUCCUCUAGUUAUAAAAGAAAAGUUGGAAAGUCGUUGGCGCAUUUUCAAGGACAAACGGUAUGCGUGUGUAACGAUAUGUCACAAAAGCAGUUUUGUCACGAGCGGAAGUGGAUAAUAAUCAGUCAUAGUGACAGUUUUUGAUAGUCAAUGCACAGGCGCACCUCACCUGUCUUCUUGGGUACUAACGCAGGUGCGGCCCAUGGACUUUCCAUUCUUCGAUUAUCGAUUCUUUAAGUAAAGAUUUUUUUGAGGCGUCAUACGGUAUGGUGGCAUGGUUAUGGGCAAAUGAUCUUUGGGGUUGAUAUAAUGAUUCUCAUAGAGGGUUGGACAGCAAAUAUUGUAUAUUCCAGCCAGCCAAUGCCUCCUUCUCUAUUUGACUGUAUCUCUUAUCUGUUGUCCAUAAAAAUUUGAUUCCUUUUUCCAAUAAUUUGUUUAGUGGUUGACGUAACACGUGUAUUUCUUUGAUAAAUUUUCCAUAAUAGCUUAUUGCUCCAAGAUAAGAACGUAGAGUAUUGAUAUCAUGGGGCGGUGGCUUCAGUUUUUACUGAUUUGGUUUCAACUCACCUUCACUUAAAAUAUAUCCAAAAUACUUAAUUUCUUUGACUCCAAAUUUACAAUUUUAAGUGAAAACCAAACUCUUCUAUACGCCUUAGAACAAGAUUUAAAUUUUGAAAAUGUUCUUCCUCGAUUAGCCUGAUACUAAAAUGUCGUGGUUCCUUUCAAACCUGAUAACAUGGUAUCCAUAACUUGUUGAAAAAUGGCUGGGGCAACUUUUAUACCAAAUGGCAUUCUAUAUUUUAUGUUUGUCAUUAUAUUAUCAUCAAUAACCGUCAUUUAAUUUCCUGAUAAAAAUAAAGACAAAAUUUGUCUAUAAAUAAAUAAUCUCAUCCUGUGUUUACUUGGUGGCAAUACUAAUCUGGGUACGAUUUUGUUACGUGUUUUUUUGAAACUUAUUUGUUUGUUGUUUUCCAUUUUGUCUCUUUGAAAAGUAUUUUAAAAAAAGCAAGAGAUGAAAUUUAAAAAAAAAUAAUCAUAUUAUUAAGGCCCGGUUUAUUGAUCUUCAGGUAAACUUGUUGAUGGUAAUUAUCUGCAAGAUAAAUAAUUCUAUUGGUUAGCGAGUAACUAGCCUACUAAUGGGUUUACAGAUUGCAUACCUGACAGUUUAUCAGAAGGUGAAUAAACCAGCCCUAAAAAUAAUAAAUAUUGUUGUAGUAAUUUAGGGUUACGAUAAUGUGAUCUCUCUCUUUUAAAAAAAAAUGUAAAAAUUAAAAAGAGAAUAAUAAUUAAAUUAAGGUAGAACUGUUUGACGGGUUCUAACUUAAAACAAAUUUAAAAAUGCCAAGUAACUAUAUGUGGUUUGAAACAAAUAAUGAAACUUCCAUAUUUUUACAAAUAGUACCUCUACAGAUGUUAAAAUAACAAAAAAGGGAACAACUUUUACGAGAAUUCUCAUUGCCAGUGCCUCAAACGACGUAGCUCCAAAAUCAAACCAACAAACUGAUAUUGUAGUCCAGGCGGCAAGUACUUUCUGCUGGAAAGUAUUCCGAAGUUGGUUCUGUUACUAGAAGCCCAUUGGUUAUCUAAUAGUAACCACGGAGAACCGGGAGGUGGUUCCCUCUUGCUUAUUCAAGUGAGUGUGGAGGCCAGUUAACGCCGGUUGUCGCCGGAAAUUUAAAUCACAAAAUCUCUACGACCCGUUUCUCUCAUCCUCCAGUUCAUCUGCCGCCCAGUGUUGAGCAAAGGCUCUUCAAAGAGGUGAUAGUCUAUUUUUAAUUUCAAUUCUAUUCAAAUGUUAGUUUUGAGACUUAUGGUCGUCAUUUGUGGGUAGUCUGUGGAGUAAAAUCUAAGUUUUUGACCUCGAGGACCCUGUGCUAGGCUUGGGGAAAGUCGAAAAACUACGAAAUUUUCAGUUUUUUGCUUAUAUUUCUUAAACCAUGCGUUUUUAGCGGAAUCCAUAAAGUUGAAGAACAUUAAAUUUCCUUCAAGUUUCAUUAGUCAAACGUCUCAUUUAAUGCAAUAAUAAUCGAGAUAUAGUGAUUCAAAGAUACAGACAACUUGUCAAAAAUGUCCACAAUUCAAACAGAGCAUGGGAUAAACAUAUUUUAUCCUCUCAUCUCUUUCACGUGCAUCCAUAACAGACAAUAUAUGUCUACUGUGCACCUGAAUUAUUUUCCGCGUUAGAAUUGUGGUCAGUCCUUAAGCAGGAUACACUAUAUACUAACCUCGAUUAGUCAGUUUUACAUGCAGCUUUCACAAUUCGAUUUCUUGAGGGUCUCCGUUUUUUUUUUUUGUUCAGGUACCACUUGUCAAACAAAAUUCUGUGGCCAGGGUUAUUGAAACAUACGUUGAGUGAACCAGAGAUGAUUAUGUAAUUUUCAUAGUUCUUCUCCAGGCGCCUAACGUGUGGACGAAAAUUUUCGGGUACCUUAUCAAGCAACUCUCCAAGGGAAAACUGGCACUCG